AUGGGUGAUUACCAUCAUGAGUACACGGACCAGUACAGGGUGCCGGUUAUUGCGAAGCUACUCCACGCAUUGCCGCACUACAACAUCACUUUCCACAAAAUCAACAGCACAUUUCGUCCGAACGAUGAGAUCUAUUUGGAGAGUUUGGGUAUAUUGGGUUCCGUGCCGGCCGCGCUCCUCAUCAUAUCCCUACUUGGAUUGCUACUCUACUUAAUGACACGAUGCUGUGAUAGAAAACCACGACCAGCACACUCCAUUACAAGUUUAAAAGUUGCGCUCUCCAUAGUAACGGUCAUGUGCUGUGCGGCAAUUGGACUCGGUUUAUAUGGCAACGAUGACCUCCAUAACGGCCUGCUCGAAGUGUUAACUGCUGGCCGCAAGGUUGAUAACUUGGUCACCACUAUACGCAACCAGACGCAUAUUUUAGAAAAUACUUUGAAGAACCGUAUUCGUCCACAACUGGUUGAGUUGGCCGACAUUUUCGAUCAACCCGUCUCCAAUCAGACUGCGCUCUCCAUACUCUUCGUCUCGUUGAACAUUGUGCAAGGCAAUGUCACGCUGGCCACCAAUGCCGCUGGUGAUAUACGCCGGCCGCUCUUGGGUAUUUCCAUGACACACUUUCUGUCGCGUGGCGAUCAGUGGGAGCUCAUACGUUGGCCGGGCACUGUGGCCACACUAGCCUUGUUGCUGGUGUUGUGCGCUGUCUUGCUGGUGGGCGUGGCACGUCAUUCGCGUUGUGCGCUCAUAUUAUUUAGCGUUUGCGGCUUACUGGCGGUCACUGGUUCUUGGCUGAUGUCUGGUCUCUACUUGUCUUCGUCGGUUGCUGUUGGUGAUCUCUGCAUUAAUCCGGCUGACUUCUUGGUAUCCACUUCUCCGCGCGAUCUUCCUACCAAUGUCCUCUUGCACUACACGCAAUGUGAGCCAGGGCACACCAAUCCUUUCACGCAACGUUUGCGUGAAUCACAAAACUCACUGAACAACGCACGUAGUGCCAUGGCUACGGUAAUGAAGAUAUCGUUGGUGUUGUUCAAAUCGUCUGGAUUACAGCCGAAAUUAGGUGCUGUCAAUGCGGAUUUGAAUAGCAGCGAACGUUUGCUUACUCAGCUCACAGCACUUGUGGACUGUAAGGUUGUGCAUCAUAAUUUUUUGGCCGCUGCAAGAGGUCUCUGCGAGGGUGGACUAUUGGGAUUGGUACUGAUGCUGAUUGCGAGCUUUAUUGCCGCUAUACUACUGACGAUUAUGGUUUGGGUUGAUUCUCAUACCUGGAUCUACAUACGUAAGCGCAAUGAUUAUGCUCAGGUCGACGAGCCGUCAUAUAUAUCGCAUCCGGCGCCACAAAAUCAUCAGCAGAUGAUGAAUGCGGCACGCACAUUGCCGCGCAAUCAUAACGGGCACUUCAGUCCGCCAGUAAUCAGUGGAUCGCACACUUUGCAACACCCAUCCAAGCGGCAGCAGCACGAGAUGAUGGCGCACGCGCACAUGCAGCAGAACAUGAGGGCUAUGGGCACGCAUACGCUGGGUCGUUUGCCGUCGCACAAUCAUAGCCCUACCCACUUGACUGGUCCAAAUAACGCCAAUGAUUUUUACUGAAAAUCACCAGUAGCCUGUAGCGAUCCCGCACGAAGUCAGCCGGCACUCACACAGCAGCAGCAAGCAGCACAACAACAAUUAGCUCAGCAGCAAGCUCAACAAUUGGCAGGCCAACCGAUCUACUGUCACCAUCCGCAUCCGCAUUCGCAUGCCGCCGUCGCUGCAGCUGUCCAGCACCAACAUGCCAUCUAUCAUCAGCAGCAACAGGCGGCUCAACAAUAUGGCACCUACGCCACAGCUGCUCAUCCACCGCCACAUCAUAUAACGGCAGGUCAGCAAGGCCAAAUAUAUCAACAGAUACCAGCACAUAUUGCCGCUCUACAGCCAAAUGGCAAUCCGCAUUCUAUUUAUCAACCAUUGGUGGCUGUCAGCCAGGGCUCGAUUUAUGUUUCGAAUAUGGCAACGAUGCGACGUCAGAACUCGCAAGGACAAGGACAUCCACAGAUACCAGCUCAUCAUGUGCCGCCGCAUCAACAACAGCAGCCACCACCGCCAAACCAGCAGCAGCAGCUGCAUCAACAAUCGCACAAUCAAAUGAAAUCACCGCAGGAUGGACUACAUCAUCGUGAUAUACCUGCUACGUCUGGCAUGGAUACGGCAAUCUACGACCGUGAUAAACAAAUCUACAAAUGCUCGACUCUGCGACAAGGUGGCAAGUUUGAUCCAAAGUAUAAACCUUCGAUAUUGAAUUGCCCACUGCCUGAGAUACCAAAGGACGCCGAACCGGCCAAGGUUGAAUCAAUUUAUCAGCAGCAACAGAGUUAUUCCAAAACGCUGCAGCGGCCACCUAUGAAACUGCCACCACAAAUGAAAGCCAUACCACCGCCACGAAUUGGCACACCCACAUCGCCGCCGCCACCGAACGCGAGCGCGCACGCUGACCCACAGCAUGCGGGUGGGCAGCUGCAGCAGCAGCAACAACAACAACAAAUGCAAAAUGGUGCAGUGCCAACAACGGAUAAUCGACAUUCGAAUGACGACUCGUCAUUGCCUUUGCCACCGCCACCACUGGAAGCAACAACGGAUGUGGCCAAUGUCGGUGUGAGUGGAGGAGUUGGUGUUGGUGGUGGCGUCGUUGUCGGCAUUGGCUCACCACCUAAACCCGGUCAUGCAUUGAAUAAUAACAAUAACAACAUUAACUCGAAGAGUAACAACAGCAACAAUUGCCAACAAAGCAACAGCGCUAACAACGGCAGCAAUGCCAGCAACAACAGCAGCGUCAAUAAUAGCGCCAACAAUAGCAGCAGCAACAACAGUAGUAGCGCCAAUACAUUGCCCCUACACAAUGGCAGUUCGGCGAAUAAUAUAGAUGAUGAUGACGAUUUGCCGCCACCACCGCCGCCCGCCAUAACCGAUGACUCGAACUAUGCAGUGACGGAACUGUAAGAGGCAACGACCCAUAAACCGAAAAGUAAGAAA